AUGUGGAGACAAUGCUCUGCUCGGGCUGGAGAGAGCAUUGAGAUGGUUUUAGUUGAUUCGAGUGGUGAUAAGAUACAUGCUUCUGUUAAGCAUGAUUUGUUGUCUCAUUUUGAAGAGAUUCUAUACGAAGAUUUACCUCUAGCAUUGACUGGUUUCCAGCCAGUACAUUUUCGUGAAAUACUGGAUGGUAAUCUCAAUACAGCCUUUCUGGUUGAUGUUAUCGGUGAGAUUGUUGAGGUUAGUCCUCUUGAAAUUGUUGCCGUGAAUGGAAAAGACACUGAAAAGAUUUCAUGUGUGCUGCAGAAUGAAGAAGAUAUUAGGCUUUCAUGUGUUGUCUGGGGACAAAGUGCCAAGGAGGUUAUUGAUGCAAUUCAACUUCGUAGUGAGCAUUCUGUUAUAUGUGUUUUACGAUUUGGCAAGAUCAGAGUCUUUAAAGAUGAUCGAAGUAUAUCAAAUGCGUAUAAGGUAUCUCAUCUAGCCUUCAACCCCGAAAUGCAUGAAGUUGCAGCGUUCCAGGCAGUGUUGCCUAAAGAUUCUUUAUCGUUGGCUGUUGUCGAGCCAAAAGCUCUCUCCAUUGUUUCUAUGAUCUCAGAGAAGGAGGAUUUUUUUAUUCAUACUCCACGGAAAACUAUCUCGGAGAUUUUACAGACCAGAAAUGUGGAGAUAUGUAUUGUUAUGUGUACAAUAGCUGCAAUUGAUACCGACAUGGGAUGGUACUGUUUGGGUUGUCGAGUCUGCGCAACGAAAGUGUUGACUGUACCAAAUGACACUGAUGAUGCUGUCAUAACCAUACUCGAUGGGGGGUACAGAUACUACUGUACUCGGUGUAAGGUUGUGAAUCCUAAACUUUUGCCAAGGUUCAAUUUACAUUUGGUUGUACUUGAUAACACAAGCGACAUCAAACUACAUCUAAUUGACAGUCUUGCAUUCCAGUUGCUCCAUGUACCGUGCGUUGAGUUAACUGGUAAAGUUACAUCAGAGAUUCAGGAUCCUGGUAAUUUACCUAAAGCUUUGACUGAUUUGGUUGGUAAGACGUAUCUGUUUAAGAUCGUUAUCGAGCGAGAUAAAUAUCUCUACAAGCACGAGACAUUCAGGGUUCUGAACAUUAUAACACAAGCAGACAUGAUAAAUGAGUUUCAUGUUAGCUAUUAUCCUACGGGAAAUCAACAAAUUGUCAGCCCUUCGUGUAUAACCGUUUCACCACUGCCCGUGGGUGGAACGAUGGAAACGGGUAGUUUCUCAAACUCAAAGAUAUCUACUUUUCUAACUCCAGCUAAACGGGCUGGACUCCCGAUUAAGGAUUUGUUUUCAGACUUUGAUGAGAUAAGUGAGACAAAAGUUGCACCUUUGCUGAGGAUCAAGAAGGAGGAAAAUAAAUGA